GGGUAAUUAGUAAAUCCGACGAAAAAGCGACUUCACGAAACCCAUCGAGCGACAGUUUAGGGCAAAUCUCGGCUACUCUGCUUUAUGGACGCUCAACUUUUUUGCUAUAUAAUUGUGUUUCAACUGCAAACCUUUCAUGAAGCAUAAAGCCUGUUUCUAUAGGGCGUUUGUAAGUGUGCUUUAGAUAGUUGUCAAGUCCCCCCGUGAAAGACAAGAAACUGUUUGACUAAUCGACGGGAAAAUAACGAGGUGACUUGAACGCAUCACAGCAACAGAGCUGGCGAAUCUACAAGCGAUGUCGGGUCGAGGGAAGAAAUAAUAACAGUUUAACUCUGUUUUUCGCCGUGACUGCUCGUUAACUGUUAGACUGUGUUCCAGUUAUCUUAUUCAAUGGUGCCGUGGUUGUUAGUAUGACGACUAAAACAAAGUCAAAGUUUUGGAAAACGCUCCGAUCCCAAACCACGUCAACUUCUCUAUCGUGGCACCCACAGGAGUCCCUGAGUGGGUACAAAGAAACCGAGAAAGACUUUCAGCACCAGGUGAGAACUGCUUUUAUUGCUGCUUGGACCACAACUUUUAUCAAAAAUAGAGUAUCUCACCUCCAUGAGCUCCUGUUUAGAUUGUAAGGAGCUAAACUAGUUAGCAGUGAGACCUUUAACUGGCCAAUCUAAGUGUAACGUGUGUUAUUUGUGUUUCUGUGGAGAUAUUUGGUAAAUGAUUUUGUUAAUUUAAUUACAACUGCAAGUCCUGAUCAUUACGACUUACCUCUGCAAAUAAAUAUGGAGGGAGAGUAUGAAGACAAAUCUUGAACACAAACAUCGUAAAUAACGGGCCAUUUUUUUAGACCGUGAACGCUGCAUGCACUCAAAGUUCCCAAAUAUGCACCUCAACAUAUUUAGACAACUUUGUGGUGUACUUGUAUCAGAACGUAUGUUUUAUAUAAAUUCAUUUGUUGCCUGUUAUGCCGAAUUGUCCAAUGGACUCAUAUGUUCAAAAAUAAUACCAGACAUGUUUGACAUUUUGAGCAAGAUCUACCUAAUAAGACGACUUUUUUUUUUAAAAAAAAAAGGGUGAUUCUUGAAUGAGGUUUGGUUUGCUCUAGUUUGUACAAAGGAAAACUGAUUUCUGGAGCUAUAAUCUUAUGCAGAUGAUUUUAGUUGUGUGAGGCCCUGUGGUUCACUGUGUUCUCAGUGGGUCUUCUUGAUGGUGACACAUGAAGGUGUUAUCUUGUGCACUUUGGUUGCUUCUCCUGUCAUUGCGGUCAUGGUACAAUGAGGGCUUAGGGGUUGUGUGACUGAACUACAGAUAACACUUUCUUGAACUGAAAGUGUGUGCUUGCUCCAAAGACAUGAGUGUCAUAAUAUUUCCUCAUUCCAACAACUACCUUGUUUGCUGAAAUCACUGCCUUUUUUAUGUUGGACAACUACUUUCCUGCUGCAGGAUACCCAGAAAAACCCUGUUCCUGAUGAUUUAUUGACUGAUACUAUUUGUUUUAAUACCUUUUCCUCUUACAGGCUUUCUUUCAAAAUGGACUCAGGCAUCUGCCCUGCUGAUCUGCCGGCCUCUGUACUCCCGGGCGCUUUGUGUUCACCUCCUGGUCCAGCUGAUUUACUCUCUGGAGUUGAGCUCAGCAGGCAGACUGUGGCAACAACUCCAAGUUCAGAAGUUGAGGAUCUAGAUUCUUUCAAUCCUAUAGAGCCUCCACCUUUAGACUGGAGGUCGGACUCCUCCAGUGAGGCAGGCUCAGCAGGCGAGCUGGAUGACCCCAGCUUCCCGCCUGCUGUUAAAUGCCAGGAUGAGGCCAGUCCAGGUGAGCCAGAAUUAAUACCUUCAGACGUGAGUCAAGCUGUGGCUUCAGUCAACGUUAACCAGCAGGAUCUUCUAGUAGAUAUUCUGGAGCAAUCCCAGGAUACUGGAGUUGAACUUGAAGAAGUAGGUGAUGCAGUUGAGGAACAGAUGAGGGUUGUGGAGGAGGAACUGGUGAGAGUUGAGAAGGAGGACUUGGUGAGGGUUGAAGAGGAGGAACAGGUGAGGGUUGAGGACUCUGAGAGUGUCAGGGAAUACCAAGAAGAGGAGACCUUUUGUGAUGGAGAGAGCAGGGUCAGUGAAGAGGAGGUUGAGGUUGCAAAGAGGAGUUUGGGUGAUGAGGACCACAGCCGUAUCCACACCCUGCUAAGCCAGCUCCAGAUGAUGGGUGAAGAGCCUCAACUUAGCCAUGAGACACCACCACACCUCAACCAGCAUCAGUACUCUGACACUGAGCAGGAAGCAUGUGCCCCCUCCCUAAUAACAGACGACAGCAGCGAGACCACCGGGCUGCUGUUCUCUGAAAGUCACCACAGAGACCUGCUGGGGAUGCUGCAAUUCACAGAGAUUGGCGCUUCACCAGCUUCCAACCGUGUGCCCCACGAAGGGGAGGUCGACGCUGUGGUGUCAGUUUCCUACAGCCAGGAGGACGCUCAAAAGUUUUGGGGGCGUAAUAGGAAUAAUCAACAGCAGCGGCACAGGGAAGACUCCCUCGCCUCGCUGCCGGAUGACGAGUAUCCUGAGCCAGUGUGGAUGAAGAUGGGUGAGGAGCCUCCAGAGGAAGAGGUGGCUGCUGCAGAGAGUGAGCAGGUAGGUUCAGGAACUGUUACUGGAACCCACUGAAAUCAGAGUGUGGAUCAGAAUCUUUAUCCCUUAUGUAAUAUUUAUCGUUUUAAAACAGGAAUUAGUACUAUCACCUGUGUCAGUGUAGACAUCAGAUUCAAGACUAAAUACAAUAAUUGAUACAUGUUUUAUCUGAGCUGUUUUUAGCCAGUAAAACAUUCAAGUAUAAUCUUAUAGUUUUAGAUUCAAGUCUAACUACUAUUCAUAUUCGAUCUGGUUAGUAUUUAUGUUGCUUUUCUAUUUGAUCAAAUACCAAAAUAAAUAAAACCAAAUGUUUGGACUGAAGCAGCUUAAACCAAAACAUGGGUACUAAACAGUAAGGCAGUGGUAAAAAAAAACGAAAUAUAACAUUUUUUGAGUCGCUGGCUGGUAAAAUUUUAAGCUCUUUUUAAUGCAUAAAAGACAAGACUGAACUGAAUCUCCUCUUUUCUGUGAUUGCAGGGUGCUGAACAGUCGUUCAAAAGUGGUAAGUCUACUGAGCGCUCUUCUUUUCUCCCAUAUAAAUUCAGGUUAUCUUAAAAAAGGGUAUGAGUUUAAGUUAUUGUCUGUGUGUUUUACUCUUCAGUGCCUGGUCCAUGUGACCCUGAGGAUCUGUUGGAUGGGGUCGUGUUUGGUGCCAAGUAUCUCGGCUCCACUCAGCUCAAGUCUGAGAAGAACCCGUCAACGAACGCCCGUAUGACGCAGGCUCAGGAGGCCGUGGAUCGUAUCAAGGUGAGACUUUCUAAGAUACUACUGAAGCCCCUGUGGGUUCAGACAUCAAGAUUUCUGUAGUCCAGGCUUCAGCUGAGAUAUGUUUGAAAUGCUUGUAACUGAUGUUUCUUUCAGGCUCCGGAGGGAGAGUCUCAGCCGAUGACAGAAGUGGAUCUGUUCAUCUCCACACAGCGCAUCAAAGUGCUCACUGCUGACACACAGGUGUGUUUUGAUGAUAGCUCAGGGAAAUCAAUUUAUGUCCUGGCAUCAUCAAUUUUCAUCUAUUGUCUUUUUUUCCUCUGUCAUCCAUAAGGAUCCAUAAGCUCUCAAUUUGGACAUGUAUUAUUUGGAUUUUUUUGCUUUUGAACCCACAAGUGUUGAUAGAUGAACAGAAAGUAACCUUCAUUCAAAAACAUAUGGUAUUAAUUUUCGUGUGUGUGGUGCUUCCUACUUCACUUUCGCCUGCCCACCCUUGCAGCAGGAACGCUUUAUAUAGAAUUGGGUGGAGAUUUAAUAACAGAGCUCUGCAGUAGUGUUGCAGUUUUAGUAGAGUCUAUUUUUCUCCUCAGUGUGGUUGAAUUGUCAGGAGAGUCAAAGUGGGUCAUCUCCUGUCAGCUGCUCCCACUUUGCACGCCUGGAUGCUCCUUGUUGCUCCACGCUCACGGGUGUGAAAAUGAUUCCAAUUAUGUUUUAGAGACAUUUCUUAUUUUUAACCUCAUGCAUCCAGUUACAAAUUGAGAAGAUAUUCUUGGCAAUUUGAGCCAACGAGGUUAAAACGUCCAACUUUUAUUAUUUGAGUUUCGAGCUGUACUUUGUAUUUAAGUUUCCUGGGUUUUUGUAGUUAUUUCAUCCAUACCAUGUAAAAAAUUUAAGCAUUUAUCAAUCUUCAUCUGAUAUUUCAGAUUUAAGUGACGAAAUUGCAGCAACAUGUUUGAUAAAUUGAAAAGAGAGUUGUAGAUCCUUUCCACAAAUUCAAUGUUUUUCUCCUUCUCCUUAAUUUGCAGUGGCUCAUUCAUACGAGUUUUAGAAGGAGGGCAGUUUUCUCUGUUUGUAUCACUUGUGAUAGUUUCAGAAUAUCGUUUUCAAAAGCAUAUAAAUCAAAUCCAAAAACAGAUGGUGCAGUGUUCUUUGUGAAGCUCCAGCUUAAAAAGGUUUCAUGUCUCAGCAAGCUGGACUGCGAACGUUUUUUUUCUCUCUUUUUCUAACACUAUUAACCCUUCGUGUCCUGUUUCCUCACAGGAGGCCAUGAUGGAUCAUGCUCUGCAGAUGAUCUCGUAUAUCGCUGACAUUGGUGACAUUGUGGUUCUGAUGGCUCGGAGGAAACGUAAAGGGCAGGAGGACUCUUCAUCCUCUUCUGGACCUCAGAAGAAGUGCUUAAUGAUCUGCCAUGUCUUCUCUUCUGAUGAUGUAAGUCAGUUAUCUAAAAAUUAUUUAGUGUGUAAUUAUUAUUCUUGAUGUGUUUGACUUGUUAGCCAUCAUUUAUUUUGACUCCCAGCGGCAGUUCGAGGAUCAGAUAAGUGUUUUUGCCUCUCCUCCUGUCAGAGUCCACUUCCUCAUCUUUGUUAUUCAUCUGUAUUCUUUCAUCCCACAGUUGAACUCGCAGUCAAAGGUGUUAAUAAAGAGUCUAUUUCUCCUCUCCAUGUUGCACUCAGACCAAAUUUGCUGUUUGUUCGGUGGACAAUAGUUUCAGCUUUAGCUUGGCCUGGUUUCCUUCCCCCAGACAGACAGAGAGAGAGCGAGUUCUCCUGAAUGUAAAAAUGGUCUGGCUGGCGUCCCAGUUCCCAACUGUUGGCGAGACUGAAUAGGAGGAGGCGGAGGAAGACUUUCUUUAUAGAAACUAAUUAGCUGUGGGAUACUUAAAGCCAAGAGGCCACUGUGUCUGAUGUUGUUUUUUCCCCAACUGCAGUCUUUAGGGAAACAUUUCUAUUUGAAAUAAUAACAAGGGCCGGUUUAGGUCCAAGCAUUUGAAACAACCAAUAAAAUUUGAACUUUUUGACUUGUUAUGUAUGUUUUGUGAGCAUUUUUAGGAGAAAGCAAGUGUAAAAAUGUGAGCUUUUAUUUGUCAUAUUCAUUCUGUCAUUGAUGUCCUAAAAAACUUAAGAUAUAUAAUCGUACAGUUAAAUCUGACUCAGCUUUUCUCCAUCCCAGGCUCAGGUCAUAGCCCAGGCCAUUGGUCAGGCUUUCGGAGUGGCUUACCAGCAGUUUCUUCAGGCCAACGGCAUCAAGUCAAGUGACCUUAGGCCUGGCGAGUACAGUGACUACCUGGAGAGUCAAGAGUUAUAUAAUGGAGACCUUGCCCACUUCUCUGACUCUCAGAACAUCAGAGAUGUUGUCAUUACUAAGGCUGCUGGAGAGAUCCUGGGUCUGGCAGUGGUGGAGUCGGGCUGGGGCUCCAUCCUACCCACAGUGAUGGUGGCAAACCUCCUUCAUGGAGGUCCUGCUGAGCGCUGCGGAGAGCUCAGCAUCGGAGACCGCAUCAUGUCUGUUAACGGCACCAGUCUGGUGGGUCUGCCCAUCGCCACCUGCCAGAACAUCAUUCGGGUAAGAUAGAAACAUAGGCUGCAGGCUUGGAAGAAAAGUAGUUUUAAUAACCAUGACAGCUCCAUCGAUGAUAACAGAGGUGUUAUUCUUUGUCUGCUGUAAUGAAAGAAUCUCGUAACAGGGCUUCAUAUAAAACUCUAAGAUAUAAAUACUGAGCGUUUAAAGGGGACAUACGAUGAAAAGUCCACCUUUUCAGUAUUUUUGCACCUAAACUUGAGUCUCUGGAGAGUCCACUGACCCUUAAAAUGUGAAAUAAGCCAACCAAGUCUCUUGUUUAUGGUUCGUCAAUGUCUGAAACCACACAAUCUGACUGUCUUUUCAGGACAUGCUUCAUCACAAGGAGAGUCAUUGAAAUAAUUUAUAUUUCAUAUUUUGACUAAAGCUCGACACAAAUGUUUCAUUCAGACCACUGGGGCCUGAGGUUUUUAAAUGGUCUUAAAGAAGUAUAUGUGCCCUCCAAGUCACGCUACCUCCUGUGUAAUGUUCUUAGAAAUGCACUAGAUGGCACUGUGUCUUACCAGUGUGGGCCUGUAGCAUUUGGGUAAUGAUUGGGUUUUUAACUGCAUGAUAAUAUGUUAGUAUAAUAUGUUAGCAUUUGAGCUCUGUUAAAUCAUAAAUACUCUCUAACUUGAGUGCUCUGAUUAAUGAUUGUUUCUCUCUUAGGACUUAAAAAGCCAAAAAUAUGUAAAGUUCAGCAUUGUUCACUGCCCGCCUGUCACCAUGGCGAUUAUCAAGAGGCCAGAUCCCAAGUUUCAGCUGGGAUUUAGUGUGGAGGAUGGCAUUGUAAGUAAGAAAAAAUCAUUCAACCUUUAGGUUCAUUUCUUUGCUUUCUCAAAAAAAACACCUAAGAUCCCUCUGCCAGCACCUAGUGGUUUAAGUGCACCCCUUAUACAGGGGCUGUGGUCCUUGCUGUGGUUUAACUGCCUGUUUCAAUUCUUGUCUUUCCCCUUUUAGCUGUCUGCCUCCUACAUUUCCUGUCUCUCUUUGGAUUUCCUAUUAAUAAUGCCCAAAAAUUAACUUCAAAAAUAUCUGUCGUCCAGCUGAUGUUAAAAGAUUUUCUUCUCUUUUCACGGCACAGAUCUGCAGUCUAAUGAGAGGCGGUAUAGCAGAGAGAGGAGGCAUCCGUGUUGGACACCGCAUCAUAGAAAUCAACGGGCAGAGUGUUGUAGCCACACCGCAUGACAAGAUCAUCCAAAUUCUAACUAACGCAGUAGGAGAGGUGAGAAGAGAUUAAACUCCACAUGCUGAGGUGAUUCAGAUUUAAAUUAAAACAUAUUUUCACUCUUUAAAUUGUUUUGUUUUUUGCAGAUUCACUUGAAGACCAUGCCGACUUCAACAUAUCGCCUUUUAACGGGACAAGAGCAGCCGCUGUUCCUUUGAACAUUUCCUGCUCCAGUUAGGAUGAAAAUACUGCACAGUGUUCGAGCUACAAGAACCUUUUGCCAAACUCAGAAAAUAUUAUGCAAUUCAUCAAACAGCUGAAAAGCUGUUGUCACACCACUGAAUUUAGAAAACUAGUCCAGUUAUAUAUUUUUAAUAUUAAAGUCUAUUUUAAAGUGACAGGGGUAGACGGUAGCUUUCCAUUUGUAUUGAGCUGAUAUUUAACAACGCAGGCAGUAGCUAAGAUGCAAUAAUUAUGUACAGAGUAUAUUUUCACUGUAAUAACUUUUACAUGGAGUAGGUUUUAAUUAGGAGCUUGAAGUCUUCCAGCCUGGUGUGUCAGCUGUGCCUAAGCUGAUAUUUGCUUGCAGGAGAAACCUUUUGUACCAGAACUAAGACUCAGUCAUUGGGAUGAACUUCCCACACAUAAGCAUGCAUGGCCUACGCUCUUGUUCAUUUUUAAUACUUUCCUGACUGUGCCUGAGACCAUGCUCAAUUCAAGGCAGCUGCCUCAUGAGAUAGACAGAGAGAGAAAUUAUUUUUUAGAAUUUGCUGUUUUUAUUUUCAUUAAAAUGACCAGUAAGAUAUCAUCUGGGUUUUAUUUAUUGAAAGUCAGUGGUCACAUAAUAAAUUUCAGUCGCCCAAUGUUUCUAUAUCAAAUACUUUAUUUAAAUUAUUUUAUUUCAAAACAUAUAAGAACCACACAUUGGCUUUGCUGAAGCUGCUUUUUAUUAAGACAGCUCAGAGAUAUUUUCAAUACAUGUAAUUGGAGAAAGCUUGAUAAUUGUAUAAAAGUUGUGUUGACACUGUAUAUCAAUAAAUUUGAUCAAAAUCUCUACAUUUUUAAGCAACAAGUUUACCAUGUAUUCGCAUGCUGCGCUGUUUAAUAAAGCCUUUUAUUUUUAUACCGUUA